GCAUGUACUCUUGCAUUCUAGUGCCAGACGGAGUUACCUGAAACGAGCCUCGGUGGUUGAGCCGUAGUGGUCCUCAGAUACGUCGAGAUACCGACGAGCUGUCACUCGCAAGACUUUUGUCCCUCGACCGAUUCGCGCAGGAAGUCGACCGCAGGAUUUGCGAAGUUCAUCCGCGAAGAUCCGUCGAGAUUCGCGUUACUCGAUUGAUCCAGAUCGACGACGUUUCCUUCGAUCGACGUGGAUUUUGUCACCCUGGCGAAGUCGCAUAAACAUCACGGAGGACCAUUGGUGUCCUGGUGAACGUUGAAGAGGUCGAAGACCGGCGAUUCUUGGAGCUUUUUGGAUGAUAUUCCAAUAGGAGAACGCGUCGUUCUUUAUUUGGGUCUUGAUACGAGAUCCAAUUUGUGUCAGUCGGACUUACUCCCUAGCGUAAUCUUCUAGAGAAGGACAUACUCCAAGGAUUCUAUAUACAUAUGCGAUACGUGAACUUAUCGUGUGCUGAUCUUGGAUCCUUGUGACUCAUCACCGAGCUAAUUACCUAGUUGAUAAAUAUUGUUAACGCAAAACGACCAAUUGCUCGUUUCAUAUAAAAUUCUAACGACGCAGAGAAAUCAAGGGGAGAUAAAUACAUCAUAAAAAUUAUAUUAAAUACUUUAUAAUUGAAAUAUUUAAUAUUCCGCAAGGACACAAUAGUUCUUCGACGAAUGUGCGAAAAUCGGCGCUGAUUUCCGACGAACUUGCACUCGAACGGCGCAAUUGUUGAGCGUAAACUUUAAAUCUAUCGUUAUAAGGAGAAGUGCGGAGAGAAAGAAUCAUCAUGAGGCCGCCCGCGUGCAACACCGAGCAGCAGAUCUCACAGGAGCAGGGCGAGAGAAAUGUCGCGAUGGCGGUCUGCGUGCAACUAGCUGGCCGCGCGAUCAUCAGGGUAAUCGCGCGAUGCGAGGAGGCCCAGGAUAAUUGUAAUCUAGACCUGUCGGAGUGCCAGCUCAUGCAGAUCCCGGACGCGGUCUACCAUUUAAUGCGACACACGGAACUGAAAAGAUGCGAUCUUUCCGGAAACGUGAUCACGAAGAUCCCGGCGAAAUUCGCCGUCAAGUUCUCGCUGAUUACCGAACUGAAUUUGAGUCACAACCAAAUGAGCAAGCUACCCGAGGAACUCGCCGAGCUGCAGGCUUUGGAACGACUCGACAUCUCGCACAACACUUUCAUCGCUCUACCACCUGUUGUCUGGCGGAUGCCGCAGCUCAAACGACUCCUGGCCAACAACAAUUUUAUCAUCGAGGUCGACGUGGAGAGACUCAGGCACGCACCCGUCCUAGAAUUCGUCGAUCUCCAGGCGAACCCGUUAUCGGCCAGGAUACACGAUCUCCUGGGCACUCUGUCUAGGAUCAGGAUCGAACUGAGUCCUCGGCAGGUGGAGGGUUGGGAAGACCUGAACGUUUGAACCUGCGCGAGAGCAGCCGAUCUCGCGGAAGACGGCCGAAGGACGAGACCGUCCUCGCGUCCUCUCGACGAAGAUUGCUCAAGACUUCGCGGACUAGCAGUAGUAUCGACAUUUUUUGUACAGUGAUAACGCGACGGACUGUGUGUGAUAACCGGAUGACCGCGCGGAUCGCCAGUCGAUAACGGUCCGCUUGUAUUGUAUUUGUAAAUGCUAUUAGCGAUCUGUAUUUUAUUAUUAUUAUUGCGGAUCAGCCGUCGAUCUCGCGGAGAGAUCGAUCGAUCCUUCGUGUUUCUUUUGUACCGCGUGGAUUUUUAGAUUUUAUCGCGACGCAAACGAGUCGUGGACGACAACGGCGAUGUCUCAAUACUUCGUUCAGUGAAUUCAAGGAUUUCCAGGUCCCAAAAUUCUGCAAUUUUUUAAAUAUUAGGAACGUGUGUGAUUUCUCGUUUGCAAUCAUAGAUUUUUAGGCUUACAGGAGAUCGGAGAUCUCUAAAGUUUAAAAUUUCGAAUUCUUAAAAUAUUUUUCAAGUAACGGAUAAGGAAGUUUGUAUCUGCGGAUUCUUGAAUUCUUGAAAUAGCCUGUCGCCCAUGAAUGCAUAUUGUGUCGACGAUAUUUUUAACGUAAUUGUUGUCUGUCGACGCUAUGGACAAUUUACCGCUACGGACUGCCGAUUUAAGUACACAUGCCGCUCUGCACUCUUUAAUAUUUAACUCUUUGCACUCAAGCAUUGUUGACAUGACACAGGACGCGACACAAUGUAACGGGACAUUUAUAAUUUUUACGUAUAUAUAUUUUAUUUUACGUAUAUAUAUUUACGCAUAUAUAAUAUACGUAUAUAUAAUUUUUACGCAUAAUUUGAUACAAAGUGAUUUGAUGUUACACAUUCGCAAACUAUUCGCGAAAUAAUAUAAAAAUAAAGAUGCGAAUUUUAUCUUUUCAAUUGUUAUACACAUUUUUAAUUUGGUUGUGAAGAAAAUUCCAACGGUGCAACACAAAUUUGUCGAUUACAAAUAAAGUGCAGGAACAAAGAGUGCAAAAAGUUAACAUGAAAAAGAGCGACGAAUGACGGAAGCACCACUAAGUAAUUGCUAGCGUAUGGAUGCAGGGUGUCCCGCGAGAUAAAAAUUUACAAAUUCGCCAAUGCAAAUUUUGCGCGUGUUUUCGCAAAAGCACCUGUAUGGAUGCAUAAAAUCAUAUGCAUUUUGCGAAAACAACACAGCACGAAUUGCGAUUAUAUAACCUGAAAUUUGUUUUAGCCUUCUGUACUUAUUUCUUUUUUUUAUCUAGUCAAGCGUCCUUGGAUGUAUGGGUCUGUAGACUUACAGAUCAAUUUUUACAGAUUCAUGGAUCUUACAAUUCGUGGAUCCUUUUCAUUUUUAGAUUCGCGAUUUUUUAGAUUUUAGAUAUUUGACAAGAUAUUCUAGAUUUCAUAUAUUUCUAGUUUUAUACAUCCAAGGAAUCCUUAGAAAUUUCAAUACAAUGUGAGACACACAUUGCGAUAUAAUAGUAUGAAAAUGAGAGCGCAUCUUUUUUCCCUUCUUACAGGAUUUGGCAGGAUUUAAUCCUAGUCUAUGAACUAAACGUCCACGUCUUAGUUGCAACGAUUGUUAUAUUGCAAUUUGUAUUCUAAGUCAUAAUCGUACUUUCGCAACAUGCCGAAAUAACUCGCACAUUGCUAAUAAAAAAAAAGUUAUUGACACUGUUAAUCUGAAUUCUAUGCUACGACUUUUUUUAUAAUAAAGUUCUCUCGAUAUACCAGUCGUUAAAAUUUCAUACGAUGUAUCUCACGAUUAAAUAAGAUACAAUUUUCCACUUUAACGAGAAAAUAGGACCUGCGAAAUGCUUAUGAAACAGACGAACGAUUUUAGUCAGACAGAAAUUUGCGACAUUCUGUAUUAUAGAAAAUAAACGAUCGAAAAGUC